CUAGGAAGUGAGCGAGAAAUUCGCAUAAAGCACGUGUCAGUAAAGUUUAGUGGUAAGGAUAUGUGUCAGGAUUUGUGUCCGUUUGCGCUAUUUUUCUUUGUUUAUCCAAGUAAAUGUGCGCUUUGACCGUUGUGUCGCGUCCAGCUGUUUUGUUUUCAACGUCUCGUCCAGGAAAGUCGCCGUGUCUAGACACCCGCGUCUAGGUUUCUUUAAUCGCUAUAACGCGGUUUGUCUGAAAGGCCACUUUAACGUAUUUUAAUAAUUAAAAACGCGCCUCAAAUACGUGUGUACUGUUGUUUUCGUUGGACUGCGUCUAGCUUUUUCCCUUUAAACGCGUUCAGACUGAACUCCUUGCGGUUGAAAUGCUACGAAGUACUAGUGCAAUUAACAUUACAUCGUUUGUUAAAUGAGACAAUGGCCGUAAUUCAGCUCCCGGAGGAGAUUUGGAUGGACGUGUUUGGCUUUCUCUCCAGUCGUGACAAAUUGAGUGUUCGUUCAAGCUGCAAAGCCUUUAAGAGACUGAUCGACCAUUGGUCCUUAUGGAAAAACAAUGUUGUUGUCCUAAAAAAGAUCGGAGCGUAUGAUGCGCAUUUCUGGAGAACUCUUGGUAAAAGGAAAACGAAGUCCAUUGUGAUGCAGAAGGCAACUGUAAACGAGUUGCAGAAACUUGUGACUUGGCUGCCGUGGAUCUGUUCAGUUACUCUGGUUCUGUGUUGUGAUGCCACUGCUCUGGCGAAACUGGGUUCUUUAAAACACCUUAGAAGGCUUGUUAUCCGCCAAUGUCGCUGCACGAGACUCGCCAACUCGCUUUUAUCUUUGAAACGGCUGACACAUCUCUGCUUGUGUGAGGUCGAGCGAGCCUCAAUAUCGGAGAUUAGUGUUGCCAUUUCACAACUUGUCGAUCUGACCACCCUAUACUACCACGAAGAUAAAAAUCCCAUCCCUAAAACUGUUCUUCAUGGCAUGUUGAGGUGUCUGCCUAACUUAAAACACCUUUCCUUAAGAAUGGGGCCAAAGUAUGGGAUCCUACCUGAUGACUAUUUUUGUCUCCGCAAAGAAUGCCGUAGUCAAGAAAUGGGUGCCGAGGUCAGCCUGACCAGUCUGGAGCUGCUGAACUAUGAAGACCCUUGCCUCUCCACUGCUGCCUUUAGUGGGCUAUCCUCCUUGACAAAACUUACUGUACAUUAUAAAGGGUGGCUUGUAGAUCCAAACCUUUGCUGCCUCACAGAUUGGCUUCUAGAGCUCCCUUUGCUCUCAGAGCUCAAUGUUUCUUUAGGGUACCCACUCAGUGUCUAUGCUAAAUCAAUACCCAGGACGGUGCAAUAUUUGUCUCUCAUGGGAGUGAAGGCAGAGUUGAAUGCAGUCCGGAUCAUGGGGGAGCAGGUGCCAGAUCUUCUGCACCUUCAUUUGGAUCUGUGUUGUCAUGACAGCUGUGAUAUAAUAAAAGAAAUGCCACAGAUAUUCCCCAAGCUGCAGACCCUAAAAGUGAGGCACCAUGAUGUUCCAGCGUCAUUGUUUCUUGGACUUCAGGACCUGCCCCGACUUAAGCAGUUAGUGAUUUUGGAUGCUACUCAAAGUCCUAGUCCUACUGUCCUGAAUCUGACUCAAGAGCUUAAUGUUCAGACAAACAACAGAAUCCGUGUGCUUCAUUCCUCAGGACCAAAGGACCAAACCACUUGCACUUGUGGUUUUUGACAACUGUGAUUGUUUACACAUAUGUUGAACAAUGUAUUUGAUGGACCUUCGUAUUUUCAUGGGAAGCUUUAUGGUUCACUUUAAUGUGGUGUAUACACAAAAUGAAAAUGGGAAGUUAUUGCAGGGUUCGCACAAGGUGCUUGAAGUACUUGAAUUUGGGUUUUUCAAAUUGAAGUCCUGGAAAACCCUUGAAAAUAGCAAUUUUAACCAAGAGGUGCUAAAAGGUCUUUGAUUAAAGAAAAUCGUAAAAUACAUUGCUUAUAUCAUUUAAUAAAUGAAUUUUUUUGUCAGCUAUCAUGUGGCACCUGUUACUUUUGGCAGCGCUGUUCAAAAUGGGCCAGUCACAAUCAAUUGUAUCUGGAGGAUUUAAAAAAAUUAUAUUUUGAUACAAGUAUAAAUCUUUGCAAUUAUAAUUUUUCAUAAAAAAUGACUCUCCAGAGUAAAGAAAUAUGCAUUUCCCUGGUAUGCCUGAUUCACUCUGUCAUAUGCAAAGUCCGAGAGAACAAGGAAACAUUUCUAUUGGUUGCGCCGAAAUGGCCCAUCCAUCCAUGGUUUCCAGAAAUGAUAGAGAUGCUGAACAGCUCGCCAUGAGAAAUGCUGCUGAGGAGGGAUCUCCUCUCUAAGGCGCAAGACACCCCAGCCCAAGCUGUGGAACCUGCAUAUGUGGCCCCUGAAUGGAGCAUGCUAAAUGCACCAGAACUGACGCAGUCAAUCAUGAACAUAAUUUUACAGGCCAGCUCCAUUCAUGAGACUCCACACGCUAAUGUGUGAACAAUAAUGUGUUCACUUAUUGGUGUCUCUCACAUGGUAAAGACCCAAUAAGCUGCCCCAUACAUGAAAUUCUCAUAUUUAUUGAAAAGCUAUUAGAUACAGGACUCACUCCGUCAACACGCAAAGUGUAUGAGGUGACUAAACCUGCGUAUCACGCACAUGAAACCAGUGCCACUAUAGGCAAGAAUGAUUUAAUUAUAAAGUUCCUUAAAGGAGCAAGACGAUUAAACCCACCUGAUGAGGAACAAUCAUUGCAUUUGUUAUGCCCUGUGCUACACGCAUACGUUAUACUUACCUGCUAGUUCAGACUCUCUGAUUAGCACUUUUGUAUGCAAUGGAGGAUGCACGAAAGGAACGUCUGUCUCUAAGCAAAGACUUUCUCACAAGAUUGCUGAUGCAAUUUUCCUGGCUUAUGAGUCGCAGGGUAAGACCUGCCCAAUUGGUGUUAAAGCACACUCAACUAGAGGCAUGGCAUCCUCAUGGGUAUGGAUGAAUGGGUGUCCUUACAAGACAUGUUUUGCAGCAGGAUGGUCUUCUCAAAACACAACCUACACGUAAAUUCUCUCUCUUCACAAGUCCUCUCUGUUUUGAGCGCUUGCUAUUUCAUUGGCCAAAUAUAUGUACUUAUGCUCCUCCCUUUAAGGAUGAGCUCCAACUCUUUUUACACAACCAUACUAUAGUUCAAAUAUUCAUUCUGAGUGCUCCCCUCCUGGCCCAACAUGAGGGUCACUCACUGCAGCAUACUCAUGUCGGUCGAGACUGCCCACGAGACUGCAGUGUCAUGCUUCCUUUCUGGGAGGUUAUGUUGUGUAGUGCGGCAUGAUGGGAUUCUGUUCCCCAAAUGCAUUAAUCAAUGCAAUGUCAAGUGUACUGAUUCGUAAGGGGACGUUUUGGUUAUGUACGUAAUCUUGGUUCCCUGAGACGAAGGGAAAGAGUCAUUUGUGAAUACUAGCCACACUACAAGACUCCCGAGUUCUUGAGGUACGAGCGAUGCGCUCAUUGUUCUUAGUCAGAAAUUCUGAGGAAAGGGUGUUUGUGCACCUGCUUUUAUAGUGAACAGCUUUGCGCCAAAACAGGCGGGGCUUAAACACCAUAGCCAAUAUUAGAAUAUUGGUGUUCUUGUAGAGAGGUUGUGUAAGAAGGCACUCCCCAUAUGCAUUAAUCUACGCAAUGCCUUGUUCUGUUCGUCUCAGGGAACCGAGGUUACGUAUGUAACUGAGACAUUAAAGAUGUUUAUUGAGAUAUGUUGUACUUUUAAUAAGUGGUGUUUUAUAAAAAUAAAUUAACUGAAAUAAUAAAAUAUUUUAUUUCAAAUUAACAAAGAAUUAGUUUGAAUGACAUCUCGAGCAUAGUCCUUAAACAUACAAAUUUGCUUGAAAAGUCCUUGGAUUUAACUUUGAACCAUCUGUACGAACCCUGUUAUUAGAAACAACAGACAGUUUACAUUUUAUAAGCAUAAAUAUAUGAACUUUAUUUAAAAAUGUUAUGUAAAGAGCUUGGUUGAGAAACAUGAUUGUGAUGUGAUGCCAAAUCCACAAUGAACAUUUUAUUUUUACUCCUUGUCUAGCAGUAUUCACGAUGCAAUAUAUAGAAAAUAAAUUCUCUAUAAACACAACAGCAAAAUGUCAUCUUCAGAGGACCACAUCAUGUACUCCCCAGCUUUAAUAUCCAAACACCUCCACUAGGUGGUAUUCUAUUUGCACUUGAGUAUAAUAAAUCAAUAAAUGCAUU